UCAUUGUUAUGUAUUUAUUAUGGGGACUGCAGAUGUACAGCGACGCUCAGUACUCUGCCGACCCGAGUAUGACGUUUGAGAUUAUGACGUUCGACCAGGUACUACGUGGAAGCUACAACUCCACAACCUGCAUUAAAGAGUUCAUGAAUUGUAUGGAAGUAAUAAAGCCGGAUCUAAUAUGUUUGGAUGGCAGAUUGCAAAAUUCUAUUUGCGCUCAUAUACGAGAUAAGUGCUCACAAAUGGACGGACACCAUUUUGAUAAUAAAUUAUUUAUAUACGAAUCCAAGUGCGAGUCUGAUGAAGCAACUUAACUUUGUACACAAACGGAC